AUGGGACCUCAAUAUUCAUCAGGAAGUGCCCCAGAGGAAUAUGGCUUCCGUUCACUGCUAGUUCUGGUCCUUCUGGACUCUCAUGCAGCUCAGCCCUCCUGUGUGCCAGGACCUGCCAGCACAGAGGAGACGUUUGGCAGGUGUGCUGUGCUGCUCCUUGGGAGAGAUCCCAGGAACCUCCCUGAAGAGUCCAGGCACGUGAGGAUUGAACAUGCGUCCUUGUUUGAGCUGCCCUGAGGGUCCUUCGUCAGCACGAGCACCAUGGAAUAACUUGGGCUAUUUAACAACGUCGCUGUGGUCCACCGGGGAGCCUUGGAGUCAGAAGUGAACGAGCUGAGACUGGAGGGGAACAGACUCUGUUCAGUACCAUGGACAGUGUUCCGUGCCACCCUGGGCCCAAGGGUCUUGGGUCUCAUGCACAACAGGACUGACAUGCACCCUGGGCUGGCUCUUUAGUUAUUGGCCCACCUGGUCUACCUUGACCUGUCUUCCAAGCUGGCAGUGGUAUCCAGGAGUGUCUUCUUGAACCGGCCUGCCUACCAGCCCUGCCAGCUUGCUGGAUGUGGGGCCCAGAGUCUCUCCGGCAUGGGGCUGGCUCUGCAAAAUACACCCUGGCGCAACUGUCGCUUAAGGGGACUAGUCCAGGUUGUAAAGUACUGCCUCCCGGCGGUCUUGGUGAGUGCCUACCAUUGCCAAGGCCCUCUCUCCAAGGCGGGGCAGUUUUUCCAUGAAACUGAGCUCAGCACCUGUGAACCCCACAUCUCAACCCCCAGUGUCAGUGUCACCAUCAAGGUGGGACAAAGUGUAACCAGCCCUUUGCCAAGCAUUACAUGGACGGAGCCCCUGAGCAUGUGGAGGGAAAUUGAUGGUGAGCCACAUGCGCCCUCUUGA